AUGGCAGACAACAAUAGCCCCUCGCCUUCGAUCGAGGUCAAGAACUUGUCUUUCAAGUUUCCCGAUGGCUCCCCCGGCUUGACAGACGUCAACCUUCAAGUCCCCGCAGGCAGUCGCACAUUACUCAUCGGAGCCAAUGGCGCGGGCAAAACUACCCUUCUCCGCCUUCUUUCAGGCAAGCGCCUUGCUCCAACAGACACUAUCACCGUGGCCAGCAAAGACCCUUUCAAGGAUGGCCUAGAAGGCGUCACCUAUCUCGGCAUGGAAUGGGUUCUUAACAACAUUGUCCGCUCGGAUAUUGACGUGCCGACACUCCUCGCCUCCGUCGGUGGCAAUGCUUACCCAGACCGCCGGGAUGAGCUUGUCGAGAUCCUCGAUAUCGACCUCCGGUGGCGCAUGCACGCCGUCUCAGACGGCGAGCGUCGUCGCGUGCAGCUCGCCAUGGGUCUCCUGCGUCCCUGGCAAGUCCUUCUGCUCGACGAGAUCACCGUCGAUCUGGACUUGCUCUCCCGCGCCAACUUCCUCGCCUUCCUUAAGCGCGAGACCGAGUCCAGACCCUGCACCAUCGUCUAUGCUACACAUAUCCUGGAUAACCUCUCCCUGUGGCCUACCCACCUCGUCCACAUGCAUCUGGGUACUGUCAAGCGAUGGGGUCCCAUCGAGAAGUUCCGGGAGGAGGUCAAGGAGUCUUCCCAGAAUAGCCAGCUUGGUGAGCUCGUGCUCAAAUGGCUCAAGGAAGACUUGAAGAGCAGGGGUCCCCGAAAUGGGUAUCAGGGCCAGGCUAAGACCUAUCCGUCCCUUGACGGGCUGGGUGGGUACGGCCUGGAAAAGAGACCUGAUGCGUGA